CAGGGUCGGGCCAGUCAGUGACUGCGCGAGCUGACUCGUGGGGUGAGAACAGUUUCAUAUUCAAUAUUUCAGCUAUUACGAAGAAAUGCGCGCAAAUAUCUGUAAGCGUUUGAGAAGAAAUGUGUAUUAUUGUAAGUAGCAGUUAGAGAGCGUUGGUUGUCUUACAAAGUUUGCAGUGAGGUUUCCAAGGCAGCAGUGUGUCUGAGAGCUGUCACCGGUUCGAACCCUCGGUACGCAUAAAAUGGCUGGUCGCAGGUUCGAGCGCAGUCAGUGCUUUUGACCAAAAUAUACGAAUAAUUUAAAUUAAAUUCAAAUUUUUACGUUAUUGAUGGUGAUAUCACUCGGGUAAAGACUUGAGUCAUAUAAUGCCACGGGUUCGAAUCGCUGUCUGGACUCCACAAGCAUCAAUGCGCGGUGUUUCGUUAUACGCAUAUUUUUUCAUUCUGUAAACGGACCUCCGACGCGUAAUGGCGUCGAACGUCCCCGUGUUGAUCUUUACUUUCCCUCAGUGCUGCAUGGAUGUGUACGGACAUUGGUGUCGAACCCUGAGCCGUGCGCUGACAUAUGAACAUGCUUUAUUUGUGAUGAAAAGCAAGGGAAAGAAGGAGGACUGGACCUGCUACCAUGACAGCGCGCUUCAGCAUUGUAUAUUACUGACUGCUGCGCUCUGUUAAGAGCACUUUUGCAAAUAUUACAGGAAAAAAAGUUUAUUUGUCAGAAUGGAAAAAAAAAAAAGAAUUCCACACUGACCUGUUUUAAGACGCGUUGGUAUCUGGUUAAACUUCCUUUUUCUAAAGAAUUGAUGGGAAUUAUACUUCUCUGCUUAUGUCAUAUUGUUAUAUUUAUUAACUUUUAUAUAUAUAUACGCUGUUUUGUGUUUCUACAACAAAAUCGUUUUAAUAACAAUUGCAAUCAUAUUUAGUACAAGUCAUUCAUUCAAAAAGGGACAAUUGACACAUGACACAGAUGUGCAGAGAAAGGAUGAGUUUAUCUGUGUUUUAGAUAAAAGGAAUGGAAUUAGCCAUAUCAGUGAAUAUCAAUGUUGUCUUGUUGUGUAAAGAAUCUGACAUUAAUUAAAUGUAACUGUGCUACUUACAGUAUGUAUGUAGCAUAAGACAAUGGCAAGUUUUUGUAUAUUUUUAUUCCCCCCCAAGAUUAUAAUUGUAACAUAUAUUUAAAUGUAUUUAGGCAUUAGUAUAUAAAACAAUGGUAAAUUAAACUUUUGUUUGAAAUGUUUAUAUUAUUAUUGAUAAUAAACUUACAGUACAUAAUAAUUUAUUUCGGGGAUAAUAAUGAUAAUAGUAUCCCUAAAAUAUGUAUUUACAAAUUUUCUUUCAAGAUGCAUUAUAUCGCCUCCUCUGUUUGCUCUGUUUAACUGCAAUUGUCUGUUAUGAGACAUUUGUAAAGGCAUGGAUGCUUACUUAUGUAACAUGAAUGACAGAUCAUGAAAUUAUUUUUUUCCAGUAACACAAAAACGUUCUCAUCAUCCAUUUGUUUGUAAUCCCCCAGGCUUUAUAAUACAGCUGCAAGAAAAAAACUAAGAGACCUAUCCAAAUUUUAAUUUAAUCAUAAUUUCUAGAUGUUUUGUGGAUAUUUCAGUCCAUUGUCUGUUGAAUUCCAGCAAAAUCAAACCUCAGGAGUGACAUAAAGUUAUCCAACUGCAAUGUGAAAGACUGACAGCAUGGCAAGACACAUGAGAUGCCUUGGAUGAGUGGGGGGUCCUGGCUCAAGGGAGUACCAGAAACAUGGACGAAAAUCUACACUACACUGGCAUGGAACUGGAAAUUUUGCCAUUUACAUGGAUUCAGCAAGAUCCUUUGGCCUUACCAGGCAAUAUUUCAUCAUUCUCUCAGGUUAUAAAAACCUGACUUACUGCAUGGGUACGAAAUAAUAUGAUUUCUUCUCUACUGCUGAAUGUACAGAUGUUGCUAUGCGCAAACAUUGUGCAUUGGACAAAAUAGGGGAGACCAUUUUACUGCAACCAAAGAUUGCCAAAUGUCUGAAGGUCGAGAGUGUUUGGUAUCAGAAGAGGGGCUCUCGGCGGUGACUGAAGACAGAGUCAACCUUAAUGUGUUUUUUGUUCCAUCACAAGAUCAGACAGGGGUUGUAAAGGAUUACAGCAAGAAGAGCUCACCAAAUCAUAUCCUUGGUUCAGAAUCAGACCAGGCAACUCCUCUUGAAAAUAAGAGUGUUAUAAAUAAAGUCAUUACUUUUGAGGAGAAAACAAGGAGUCUAGCAGUAAACUUGCAGUUGAUACCCAAGACGGAGUCUGAGUCUCUUGGUACUGAUGUUUGUGAAGUAAAAACCAAAGCUACAAAAUUUGUCAACAUCUCAACCAAUGAUUUAUUAGAAAUUAAGGUUAAACGACAAUCUGUUUUAAAAGAAGGUUUUCACAAUGACAAACUACCAACGGCUGCCAGAGUCAACCACACCAACAAGGAGCCGUGGACUGAGAAUAAGACACGGGUUGUGGAAAAGCAUGGGACACUGGAGAUGGAUAUAAAUGCACAGAACAAAAGUUUAGAAUACAGUAAGGCCGACAGUACAGAUUAUAAAACACAAAUUUUAUAUCAUGGAGGAGCCAAGAUGUUUGAUAUCGGAGGGACCCAGGCAAUAACAAGUGAAGGAUAUUCUUUGGAAGAACAAAAUGAGGUGUUAGAUUUAAGCCUACCAAAAAAGAGAGAAAUAAAUAAAGAGAGGCAGUGUGAAUGGGUUGUGGACCCUGAAUAUGAAGGUUCGCUUCAUAUGGAAGUUGAUGAAAUUGAAGAUGAGCCCCAGCACGUUGAAGUGGAACAAGAGGACAAUAAUGAAAAUUGCUGGAUUCCAUCGAAUGAUGCUCAUACAUAUCUCUCACAGCAUUGGGAUGGACAUCUAUUCUCCCCCUGUCCUUACGUCACACCAACAUCUAUGUUUACCAACGUAAUGACUCCAGAUCCAAUGGAUACGCUACUUAUAGAUGAUCAGGGCAUUCCUUAUACACUAACCCCGGAUGGACAGAAGGUUCCACAGAUUGAUAAUUCACAAGACACUGGGGAGCUGUCUAAACAAGAAGAUCCAAGUCCAAGGCAAGGUGAAGAUUAUGUCCAGGGCAUUACAGACGAUGCAAAUUCACUGUGUCCAAAUAUGUCUCUAGGUCCUGUUUCUUCAGUUGAAGCUUCACAAGUUGUUCCAAACCUGGAGUCAAAGUCUUAUUACCCUGUCUCACCUGCCUUGUCCGACUUGGCAUCGAUUCCCAUUCAGAUUGUGGCUAAUACUACAGGGUCAAACACUCCCAUUCUGCUUCUUUCUCCAUCUCAGCUUCAGUCACUUUCCUCACCAGCCUCCAAGAGUAAUCCAGGCCUAAUCACCAUUUCUUUACCAGUGCAGAGAUCGCAGACCUCCUCCAUGUUCCUUGUUUUGUCAUCUGCUCAGGUGUCCUCGACUCAAAGCUCACCCUCAACAGGGCAGUUAUGUCAAAUUUCCUCCACUUCCACUGUUGCACUUCCUCUAGCUGCUUGUCCGCUUGACCUGGGAUCUAUAUUAUGCGCACAUCCCUCACUUCUCAGCCUCGGCUCGGUUUCCUCUGCCACAGGUACAGACAUCUCAGGACUGAAUAACCCCUCUAAUCUUCCUCUUAGCCCUACCUCAUCAACUGCUUCCUCCAGCACUUCCACAGUGAUCUCUACAAGUCCAAGCAAGCAAUCCUGCACCGAUGCCUAUGCUGACUUGCCAAUGCCCACUUCUUUUCGAGAGGCCCUACUCAGAUUAGCCAUGUCUGCUGAGAAGAAAAAUGAAAGCCAUGCUCAAAAUAUUGAGACGGAAUCGGUCGCUACUCCCUCCUCACAUUCUGAAGAUUCCUAUGAUAUUAAAAACCAUGAAACAGAGACAAACUGUGAUGACCAGACUAUGUCUACCUCAGUAGACCAAACAGACUCAUUAGGCACCAUCUCCAAUGACACCUCACCGCCUCGUCCUGCAUCACCCUUAUUUCCCAUGGAUAACUCGCCGAACCAAGACACGCAAGGUCCACGUCGCAUUCUUUACUGUCAGUACUGUCCACGGGUCUUCUACUAUCUCUCGGACCUCGAACGGCAUUCCAUCACACACUCGCAAAACAAACCCCAUGUAUGCCAACUUUGCGGCAAGGCGUUCAAGCGUUCAAGCCAUCUCGAGCGACACAAACACAUCCAUACCGGUCAGAGAAACUUUGUGUGCCAGCUGUGCCCUCGGCGUUUUCGGGAGUCCGGAGAGCUAAUGAGGCACCAGAGAGUACACACGGGUGAGAAGCCAUUUCAGUGCUUAAUAUGCCACAUGCGGUUUGCCGAGCGCAAUACGCUGCGGCGUCAUAUGAAGCGCAAGCACCAAGGUCAACAGCAGGAGGCGAUGGACAUGAAUGCGAAACCUGUAGGGGAAGGGAUUUCCCUAGCUGGUAUACAGGAAGAGCCAGAGGAGAAUGCGGAGUGGUACAGCUCGACGCUUCCUGAAAUGGAGACUGACAGUGACACAGGGGGUGAAUGAGCCGCUUGAGAGCAAAAACAAUAGAGGUUUAACAUUUUAGAAGAAGCAUUGCUGUAAAUACAUUUUAUUUAUUCUGUAUUGAUAUAACAGUUUCUUGGCUAUAGUCUCAAAUUGUCUGCAUUUCAUUCCACUUAAAUCUUGAUGACUGAACCCAGCAAUGUUCACUUUUAAUUGUGUUAAGCUUCAAUUCUUUAGCUGACAUUUAUGUUUUAAUUCCUCAUCUUGAGUAAGUUUGAAUUACCCUUAUCAUCUAUCUAUUUAUUUAUUGUUGUAUUUUAUUUUUGCUCUUGUACAUCAUCUUUCCUCAGGGGUGUGAUAUCAUGUUAAUUAUCAUUAUUUAUUAUUUUAUUACUUAAAGUUACAGGGAAUGACAUCUGAUAGAUUGAUCUAUAAAUGUAUCCCCAGUUUACAUUUAGGACACUUUCAGAUAAUGUGAACAGACUUUAGGAACUUGUUGUGCUCCAUUUUCAUUCAUCCUUUUGUUUCUCUUUAUUUAUUUUAAUAUUUAUUAAUUUAUUUCAAAUUUAAAUCUAUUUCAUAAACCCAUUGCCUUCUUCAGGGACCUGCUAUUUAUGUAGCUUGAAAUUAUGCUAUUUGUCUGGACAAAAACUCUUUUACUUUUACUUCUCAUGUUGGACUCUGAAACAACAGCUGUUAGAAGUCAUAGCAGAAAGGUAAUGUCUUUAAGUUCAUUUAAAAAUUUAGGGAACUUUUCACUGUGUCAUGUCAGACAUAAAUGUCUGGUGCCCACUUAUCUGAAUUAUCACAUUAAAAAAAUGAAACAUUAGUUUACUAAAUGUCUAAUUUACCAAUUCCGUAUAUUAAAAAGCUGUUUCAUAAAGCAAUUUUUAAAUACCCUAAAUAUAUAUAUAAAAUCAAGUAGACUUCGAGUAGUUUGCCAUGUAAGUAGAAAAAACAUUUGCACCAGACACUUUGGGCUAAUCUAAAAUACUGUUGUUUAAAUCUUUUUUUUUCAACUGAAUCUCGUUAUUUACACCACACUCUAAUUAUUAUAUUUUUUUGAUGGUUCUCAUGCUUGAUAAACUUUGCUUUAUAGGCUCACUGCAGCACAUAUAAUACUGUGUCCGGCUGCUCAACAGUAUCACUUAAUGGCUCUAUUUGGUUUGCACAGUUGUUUGUAAAUUACUUUGACAUUCACAUAUAUUCAGAAGGAUUCAGUAUUAUUUAUUGAGCUCAUUUCACAGUAGAAUCAAACAUUUAUUAAAAGUUUGAAUCCGUGUUACAAUUUAAAGUUGCUCAGUUGUUUGAAACAAACAACAAUUUUGCACCAAGGAGAAUUAUUUAUUUAUGGUUGAAAUGUAAUAAUUUAAAAUGUGUGUAAUGUCAAAGAUCACUUAUAUAUUUAAUACACAAUUUAAAAACGAAACGGCAGAUAUUAAUCAGCCUAAUUUCUGUAACCUGUUUCACAGGAUUUGGAAUAAAAUUGAUCAAAUCCAAUUGCUUGCAACUCAUUAUAUUUUCAUUAAAAAGUGUCUUAUUUACCAAGUUCCCUGCUGUUUUUAAGACUGUGAGAAGUUUAAUAUACUUUUUAUUGACUUUAUUUAAUAGACUUUAUGUGGAACAAAAUUUUUUGAAUUAUGCAAUAACAUUCUGCCCUGAGUGAUAGCAAACUAAACACAUUUGUUGCAUUGUAUACAAUUUCAGAAUGCAGUUGUAUUGCGUUUUUACUUUUUAAUAAGCAUGGUAAUGCAGAUUCAUAGUGUUACACUAUUAGCAUUCACCAUGUAAUGUAUCCCUGGGUAGAAAAGAUAUGGUGUUGAAAUUUCAAUAUGUGGUUGCCAUAGUAAUUUAUAAAUGAGAUUUAAAGUGCUUAUGCAUGGAUGUACUUAGCAUUCUUUAACCUUACAAGCUGUGCUAGACAGGGCUGUCUGUAUAUGUGUGAGUGACAGCUCAGAUGUGCCUUUGGUCUGUGUUCCAUUUGGCAGCAUCAAGGAGAGUGGCUCCCAUAAUCAAGCCGACAGCAGGUGCUUUAAGUGUUGGUGUGAAUGCCUAUGUGUGUGUGAGGGAAAGAGAGAAACAGUGAGCGAUAGAAACAGUAAAAAAUCUG